AUGCAACGCCAAGGCACCGUCCGAGCUCCGCUUUCCCGUAUUGUUGACCCCCAUCAAAAAGUAAACUACACAAUUUGCGGAUGGAUCAUCACAAUUAUCAGUUAUCUCGUUGUGCUUUUCACACUUCCCUUAUCUGCAUUUUUCUGUUUAAAAGUUGUACAAGAAUACGAGCGUGCGGUAAUAUUCCGGUUGGGUAGGCUGAAGCACGGCGGAGCACGUGGUCCAGGCAUAUUCUUCAUUAUUCCAUGCAUAGAAUCGUUUAAGAAGAUUGAUCUUCGUGUGGUGUCAUUCGAUGUUCCUCCACAAGAGAUUUUAUCCAAAGAUUCUGUGACGGUUUCCGUGGAUGCUGUAAUUUAUUUCAGAAUAUCAAAUGCGACAGUUUCGGUUAUCAAUGUCGAAGAUGCAGCUCGCUCAACAAAACUAUUGGCUCAAACAACACUUCGAAAUUUUCUGGGUACUCGAACGUUAGCUGAAAUGCUUUCUUCUCGUGAUGCAAUUUCUAUGCAAAUGCAAGCGGCGUUGGAUGAAGCCACAGACCCAUGGGGAGUUAAAGUGGAACGAGUCGAAAUCAAAGACGUCCGUCUACCGAUACAACUUCAACGAGCGAUGGCGGCAGAAGCCGAGGCAGCGAGAGCCGCUGGAGCGAAAAUAAUCGCCGCCGAGGGAGAACAACUCGCGUCGAGAGCAUUGGCGGAUGCGGCAGAUGUGAUUGCAACGUCUCCAUGUGCAAUUCAACUCCGGUAUCUACAAACGCUGAAUAGUAUUAGUUCCGAGAAGAACAACACAAUAAUCUUCCCGUUUCCAACAGAAUUGAUUGCCAAGUUCAUACAGUCUGCUGCCGCGUGA